AUGGAGUUCACUAUUGUGACCACCGUCAUUCUUGGACUCUUGCUGACUCCAGCCCUUGCUAGUGACGUGAUUUCAGAAAAAGGAAGUAAGCAAAUCACCAUUGCUGGAGGCUACCAAAUUGUGACCAUCAAUAGGGAAUGGCACAUGGCAACUAUUGAGGAAAAGAGCACCCGUGCGUCAUGGAAAACCAUUUGGAACUACAACACAGUGAGUGGCAAGGAGCAUGCUUUUUCAGGAAAGGGCUUUAUUGCAAGCAAAGUGCUGCCAGAGAGAAUUUGCUUCAUUUCCAUCAGGAACAUAAAGGACAUGCCUAGCUUUGAUGCAAUUCCCAGACUGGCUGAAGAGAGCAGGAACCUGAAGGGUCAAGGACAACCUGCAAAGAAGAUCCCAUUUGUCCUCAUCAAGAGACCUGUCCACGACCUCAAGUCUUAUGGACCAGACAUCUUUGCUAUGUGCAGAGGACUCACAACCUACAUGGCUUAUGAAGUUCAUG